AUGGCACAACCUGCGGCUAAUCUCAACCCCGGAAUGUUCAAACCUGCGAUAAACCCGAUGGCACAACCUCGACCUGCAGCUAAUCUCAACCCCGGAAUGUUCAAACCUGCGAUAAACCCGAUGGCACAACCUCGACCUGCUGCUAACCUCAACCCCGGAAUGUUCAAACCUGCGAUAAACCCGAUGGCACAACCUCGACCUGCUGCUAACCUCAACCCCGGAAUGUUCAAACCUGCGAUAAACCCGAUGGCACAACCUCGACCUGCUGCUAACCUCAACCCCGGAAUGUUCAAACCUGCGAUAAACCCGAUGGCGCAACCUCGACCUGCAGUGAACAUUAACGCUGGUAACGCUGGUAUGUUCAACCCAGCCCCCAAUCCCAUGGUACAGCAACAAGGAUACAGACCAGCCGUUAACCCUGUGGCUAACCGAGUGGGAGUUUCUGUGAACGCAGGUGCAGUUAAUCCUGGAUUUGCAGCUAGAAACGUCGGAUUUGGAGCAGGUGUAGUUAAUCCUGGAGUUGCAGCUAGAAACGUCGGAUUUGGAGCAGGUGCAGCAAAUGCCGGAUUUGGAGCAGUUAAUGCAAGAAUGAACGGAGCAAGCAGUGCAGCCAGUAGUUAUGGAGCUCCUUCUAUGGGCGGAUUCGGGACAGCCUUCAACAAUCUACAGAGAUAUUAG